AUGCGGAUACUGGCCCCUUUCAUUGGUUUAUUAUUAUGUUUAAAUUUUCAAUUUGCAGACGCCGCCUUGGCUGCGAUGACUGUAGAUCUUGGUACACAAUUUAUCAAAAUUGGAAUUGUGAAGCCAGGAAUUCCAAUGGAUAUUGUGCUUAACCCUGAGUCCCGUCGGAAAACUCCUAAUGUAGUCUUGAUUCGAGAUGGGCAAAGAACGUUCGGAGAUGCUGCCAUUAGCUUCCAAGGACGGUUCCCACAAUUCGUCGUUGGAAACUUGAAUGAUUUGGUGGCAAAAUCAACCAAUCAUCCAUCAUAUGAACUAUUCGCCAAGAGAAAUCCAUUUUAUGAUUAUGAAGAUUCAAAGAAGAAUUCGUCGUCUGUUGAUUUCAAAUUUGGAAAAGACUCGUACAACGUUGAAACACUACUCGCCAUGAUUCUUGCCGAUGCGAAAAAGUUCACGGAAGAGUAUGCCCAAAUUCCACAGAUCCUCGAUGUAGUUAUCAGCGUUCCUGUUUACUUUACUCCAGUCGAACGUCUCGCAGUCACAAGAGCUGCUGAAAUGGCUGGACUAACUGUGCUCCAGCUCAUCAAUGACGGAACUGCUGCUGCAUUGAGCCACGGAAUAUUCAGGAGAAAAGAGAUUACUGAGAAGCCUCAACGAUUAAUGGUGUAUGAUAUGGGAGCUGCGAAAACAACAGCGACACUUGUCGAAUUUAAAAUGGUCAAAGAAAAGUACGAGAAACAACCAAAGAUGACCGUUCUCGGAGUUGGUUAUGACCGCACACUUGGUGGACAGGAAAUGACUUAUCGGCUCCGCGAGCAUCUCAUCGAUCUCUUCGAGAAGAAGCAUAAAUUGAAAAAGGCCGUUCGAAGCGACAAGAGGGCCAUCGCCAAAUUUGCCAAAGAAGCGGAUAGACUUAAACAAGUGCUAUCUGCCAAUACUGAGCAUUAUGCUUCAAUUUCCCUAGAAGACAUCGAUGAACGAUUGCGAGUUACUCGCGACGAAUUCAACGCGCUCAUCAAGGAUCUCGAACCCCGCAUCGGAGAACCUAUUGAACAAGCAUUGAGGAUGGCGCAAAUUCCUAUCGAGGAAGUUGAUCAGUUUGUGCUCAUGGGAGCUGGAACACGUGUGCCGAAAGUGCAAGAAGUUAUUCAAAAAGUUCUUGGAAGCAAAGAAAUCGGAAAAUUUUUGAAUACCGAUGAAGCGAUUGCAAUGGGAGCUCUUUUCCAGGCCGCUCAUUUGAGCAAAGGAUUUAAGGUGAAACCGUUCAAUGUUGAGGAGAAGCUCUUGUUCCCAGUCGAAGUGCACUUUGUGAGCAAGACCAAAGACGAGCAGACUGGUGAAAUUUCACAAAAGAGCAUCCAGAAAACUCUUUUCGCUGCCAAUUCUAUUUAUCCAACAAACACCAAAACUGUUUCUCUUACGUCUUACGAGGAAGAUUUCUCGAUUUCUUUAAAAUAUGGAACGAUUGAACAAUUGACGAAGAAGCAAAUUCAAGAAAUUGGAAGUUUGCUGGAUGAUUUUGUUAACAUUAAUGUAAAUGGAUUAACCAGCGCCCUUGCGAAUCGAUCUGUUGAAGAAACGGAAUUCAAAGGUGUCAAGAUUUCGUUCCAAUUGGAUGCUUCUGGAAUUGUUCGAAUCAAGAAGGCUGAGGCUGUAAUUGAGAAGAAGGCGGGAAUCGUUGGAUCAAUUGCUAGCUCAAUUUCGGGGCUUUUCUCAUCAAAAACAGAAGAAGGAGAUCCGAAUGAAACUGCACCUGAAGAAACCGAAAAUGAAAAUGCGGAGAAAGAGAGAGAGAAACCCAAAGAACCAGUGAAAGAGGAAGCUAAAGAAGAAGCAAAGGAAUCUCCAGAAAAACAAGAAGCGAAAAACACUACUGAAACUGAAGGAACUAAAGACGAGAAAACCGUAAAUGGAACGGAGGCUGCUCAAAAUGUCACCGAAAAUCCAGUAAAGAAGGACCAGCCAUCGAUUAUUCGUCUUCAAAUUGACGCCAAAUUCCCAACAGGAUAUGUUCCCAAUCAAUAUGAUAUUAGCGAAGGAAAGGCAAUUUUGAAAGCUUUCGCGGAAUCCGAAAAGCUUGCUGCUGAACGUGCUGCCAUUGCCAAUGAACUCGAAGCAUUCAACUUCGAAGCCAGUCAAAUGUUGGAAGAUUCCGAGUUUGUUGAAUAUGCGUCUGAAGAUGAGAAGAAAAAACUCGCUGAGGAGACAACGAGAAUUCGAGCCUGGCUUGAGGAUGAUGUUACCAAUGACACACCAACAUCGGAAUUCAGAGAUAACCUUCUCGUGAUCAAAAACAUUGUGCGAAGUGUGAAGAACAGAAUGGAAACCAGCAAAAAUUUACCAGCGAAAAUCAAUACUCUCGAGACUUUGAUGAACACGUCAAUGACAUUGGCAACGAUGGGAGAGGAUAAAGAAGAAUCUAAAGCUUUGUUCGAGAAGGAAGAUAGAGAUGCCUUUAAGAAAAAGCUUGAGAAACUUGGUGUUUGGAUUGAAGCCAAAAAGGCGCACAUCGAGACAAAAAUGAAAUUUGAUGAUUUUGACGUUAGCAUUAAAGACGUCGAAGUUAAGAUAAAUAGCUUAAAUCGGGAGGUUGAUCGUUUCAUGAAAAAAAUGAAGAAAGUGACCACAUUGGAUGAUUUGGCGAAAAACGGAAAAGUUGAUAUUGAUGAGGUCGCAGCCGAUGCAGAAAAAUCUAAAGCUGCGGAAGAAGAAGCUAGUAAGAAGAGUGAAGAAUCGAAAAAGGAAGAAAAGAAUGGUGAAGCUGAAACCGGCGAUAGCGAUAAAAAAGCUGACGAGGAACCAAAGACCGAACUUUAA